AUGUGUUUCUCAGAGUUCAUCGGCUACACUUGCGGGCACUCCUCCCCGGAGGUGCUACGCCCCUGUCCCAUGACGACCCAAUUCUACACGAACCCGCUGUGUACCCAACACGCCCGGCGCCCCAUUCUGGCCCCGGAAAUGUGCCCAGCGUGCCAGAGAGUCAUCCACGGGCGUGCCGUUCUGAUAACCGAAUGGGAGCACCGCUGGAUGCACGAGAGAGGCGUCUGCGGCUGCGAGGUCCAGUUCCCGGAUCUUAUUCGCCCGCGCGUUGUCAGCCGAAGCCGUCCAGGACAGGCUAUAGGGAAGAACGGCCACGUGAAAAACAAUACGCAUGGCUCCAAGACCAACAAGCCUGCCAGUGUCUCCCUUCCGAAGACUAAUGGAAGUGGCAGCGCUGGCACCAGGGGAAUUCCAGCCCACUAUCAGGAGAGGUCUACUAAGAAAGGUGAGGACAAGCCAGAGGUUGAUGUCAGAAUCCCUUCUUUGUACGGGGUUGAAUGGGUUGAUGAACACAGACAGCUACACAAAGAUGGGUCAUGCAAGUGUGCAGGCGACUUUUCCUUCUACAAGACUCGAGAGCCCUACCCUGCCGUCCCAUCUACUUCAGCUCUGAUCAACAAUGUCCCUGAACAAGUUGUUCGGACGGAAGCCAUACAGAAGACCUCUCAAGGCGAAAGCCACCGAAACUUCCAGAAUAGUGCAUCCUCUCACUAUUUAAAACCACAAAACCCUUCCCACCUAGGACUUCCUUUUCCCAAAACCUUGCACAACCCUCACUCUCAACUUCUUCCUCACCACCAGGGUGACACCCUGACCCAACAGUCUACAUUAAACGAGACAGCCAGUCUCAAUCAGGCACAGCACCAUAUUUCAACUUUUCCUCACACCCAAGACAACUUCAUAACCUCACCAAAGUUUCCUCCUCUUGUGGUGAGCUCUUCUUGGCCUCAUACCCCGCAGCGCUCCCCUGGCGCCAUCUACGAGGUGGACCUGACCAAGUCCACCAACAAGCUCUACAACCUCGCCUGCCACGAGGGCGCGAACAUCACAGCGCUGGCAGACUUCCAGUCUAUCGAGUUUCCCAAGCCCAAGGGCAUCCUGCCUCUGGUGGGCCUGCCCAUUGGCGCAGGUCCAGAGGGGCCUCCAAGCCUCUCCCACGUGGGGAGCUUCGAGGACUGUGUGCUGCACACCAAGAGCCUCAUCGCCUGCAUGGGGAAUGGCCCUUGCCUGCUGAUGGCGAAGAGCAAGUCAUUCGCUUGUCUUCACGAGUUGAAGGCAGGCUGUGAGAGCCUUCGCCAACAGGCGACUGCGCAAGAGCGCACUCAGAGCGUCUGCUCAAGCGCAGAGUCUUCUGACGACGACGACGAAGACUCAACUUUUGAAGAUGACCAGCUCUAUUUGAGCUGA